UGCCGGAUUGAAGGGCAGUGGUUCGUGGAGGAGAGUGCGGAGAGAUAUGAUUAUGGAGGUGGCACAGUGGUGAGAUAUACCCAAUUAUAUUGUUGGCACCUCAUAAUCUCAAAUAAUAAUCAGGAUAUCGCAACAUACUAUGUCACAGAUGUUGUUCCAACAAUCUCUAUUGAGCAGAUCACCGACACUAUGGGUCUAGGGAGCUUGGUCAUGCAGAAAUUUGAAAAGAUCAAAGCAGCGUUCAAUUGCAAAGAAGAAUCCACCUGGCACUUUGAUUUAAACUUCAAUGACCCCGGCACCCAUCUCGCAUUUUCUAACCGGAGACAAAGACGUGUUGUUCUUCGAUCCCAAGAUGUUCGAGAUUUGUACGAGCCUGUUCUCGGCUCGAUUUUCGCCCUCAUUCGGUCUCAGAUUACAGCUGCAAAUGAAACAUGUAGGCGCGAUGUCAUCAAGAAAGUCGUCUUGGUUGGCGGAUUUAGCGCCUCGCCCUAUCUCCAGGAAAGUCUACAACGUGCCCUAAAGCACAUUGGCAACAUUUCUGUGCUUGUUCCUACGAAGCCGGGAGAGACCAUUGUUCGUGGGGCAGCAUUUCAAGGCCUUCGGGGCUACUCCCUUCCAACUUACAAGUGCUGGCGAAACUACGGUCUAGCAUCGGCUCAACCUUUAGCUCUCUCCCACCGAAACGAGUUGCAGGGGCUUGGGUAUGGGCCUAGCACAUUGCCUGUGAAUCUCCUCCAUUGGGUGUUACGCAAGGUGUGUAGGAUACAUCCUGUACAAUUUGGUUACUUCAUUGGGAGAAUGAUCUUCUUGUCAAAGCUGUGGAUAUUUAUGAGUCCAAUCUCCCAGUUGCACCACAACGAUUUGGAAACACCGGUACAUGUGCGCUGUGUCGAUUACAUUGAAUGUCAAUUCAAUGGCCUUGACCUUGCGCGGUUUCCUCACCAAACCAUCGCCGGACAGACAGUCUAUUUCUUGGAGGUUUCGGUUGAAGUGUCUUUUCCAAUGACCGAUCAGGUGAUACGUUUCAGUGCACGUACACUGGACCAAGAAAUUGGAGAAAAGUACCUUACUAUGGCUCAUGAUUGA